CUCUCACCGGAAAGACCCGGGUUCAAGUCCCGGCAACGGAAAAUUUUUACGACUAAAAUUGUGUCGUUUUCUUCUCCCCUUUCUCUGUUCUUCCCGCUGAUUCAACUCCCGGCAACGAAGUCGUUUUUUGUCCAAAUAAACAAAAACAGUGUCGUUUUCUUUUCUCCCCUUUCUCUAAUGUAUCUUCUCGCUGAUCCGCUCCCCUGCAAAGCCCCCGAAGAUUGAUAGCUCGUCAUUUUUCUUUGCACGUUGCCUUGUUGAAACGCCACGUUUAGUCCAUUCCCUCAAAUUCAAGUCGUCUUCUUCUUCCGUGUCCUCUUAACUCCAGAAUAUAAAAUGCCCCACUUUUCCUAUUCUGCAUUUUUGGGCUUGCAAUUUUCUGAAUGAUUUUAAUUUUCUAUGGAUGUAGAAGGUAGUACAAGAGAAGGAUCUGUUUCCUCUGUUAUUCUUGAAUCAUUGGAAUCGACACGGAAGGGAGAUAAGCUUUCUGCUGAGGAUUUGCCUUGGGUUGAUUCCUGUCUGAUUGCAGAUACUGAAAUUUUGAAAAGUAAUUGGACUUCUUUCAAAGAUGUUUUGCUAGAGAUCAUUGGUGACCAACUUGAGUUGCUUGACUCUCCUGCAACUGGAAGUGAUGGUUUUGCUGGAGGAACUGUAAUUACUGCCAAUUACUUAGGUGGAACUGAUCACGAUCUUGUUGUCAUUCCAAUUAAUGGUAACACUGUAAGAAACACCAAUGGUAUUCCAAUCAAAUGGACUGGUAUUCGGUCGCCAUUUUUUCAGGAUGAUUCCACUGAAACAUUUCGGAGAUAUCCAUUUCUGCCUACAUACAACAAGGAGAAGAGUACGGAUGGAGCUAUUGAUUUGGGACUUGGAUUGAGUUUAUCUGCAGCUGAUACGAAUUCAUCAACAGUUGAUAUCUUCGGUGUCUGGGAUUUGGACAUUCCAGCUGAGGAAGAUGAUUUUAUUAAACAGUUGUACGAGGCUAUUGCAGAGAUAGAGACUUCCUUUCAAUCAAUGCCAUUGGCUUUUGAUGAUUUAAUGGCAUGGAAAGAUUUGAAUGAUGAAUCUGUAGACGAAUUAAUUGCUGGCAUUGCAGAUCUGUGUUUAGAUACUAUUAACUUUUAGUUAAGUUGUCUAUCCAUACUAGAAUCUUGGCAUAUACAUAUGUAGAUUUGUUAUAAUGCCAAGAUCACAGACAUUAACAAUGAGGUAAUAGGCGUUUGGUUGUUUCAUUUGUUCAAGACGCCCUUUUGUUUUGCAUAGGAUUUGAAAUAAGACCAAGUCAUCACGUAGAAUUGCGAGUGAUUUAAACCCUGACCUUGGCUUAACUCUAAACGUGCCUUUAUACGGCCAAGACAGCUUUGCUGGACAUCACGUAGCCUUUUCAUUGUAAAUGCCAUAUCACUGUCUAUUGAGAUUGAGAACUCUCAGGGCAGCCUAUUCAUUCCUUUAGAAUGAAA